CCAGAACCUCCCGUGACACUUUGGAACAAAUAGUCGCUGAGGCGUGUCAUGGGCGCAGUGUUUUUAUUGGACCGGUCAUCUUUUCUUCCAGCAUCCAACUUCUUCCUCAACUGCAGACUGACCGCGACGCAUCUGGACCUUUACGCACACAAACUGCUAGAUCACGUUGGGACACGCAAAGCUGUAACAUCAGGAAGUGCUCAACUGUCCCAAGGGUCGCCAGAGACUGGUGCUAACAUCAUUCACCAUGUCUAAUGAGCACACGCCGCUGCUCACCUCUGGGGUGUGUGGACUGACCAGAGCGACCUGCGGCAUGGCCCCUGAGACCUCCCCCGAGUCCAGUCCUCAGUGUAGCUCGGCCCCCCCCACCAAAGACCCACGAAGACUCAACACUUUCUUUGGAGUCAUGGUGCCAACUAUCCUGUCCAUGUUUAGUAUUGUGCUCUUCCUCCGAACUGGGUUUGUGGUCGGUCAUGCAGGGUUGCUGCAAGGUCUGUUAAUGGUAGUUGUAGCCUACACUAUCAUUUCUCUCACGAUCCUGUCCAUCUGUGCCAUCUCCACCAAUGGAGCCAUAAAGGGCGGAGGAGCGUACUACAUGAUCAGUCGGUCACUGGGCCCAGAGUUUGGAGGCAGCAUUGGUCUGAUGUUUUUUCUUGCCAAAGUUUGUGCUUGUGGAGAAUAUGUUCUUGGUCUCGUAGAAGCUAUUUUGGACGUGUUUGGAUUUGACCCAGAUUCCUCAGUGUCGGAGAGUGUGCGGGUGCUGCCUCAGGGGUACUGGUACACGGUUCUGUACUCCUCUGUGAUCCUGCUGCUCUGUCUGAUUGUGUGUCUUGUGGGGGCACACAUCUAUUCGCGCACAGCCUUUGUCAUCCUCAUCGUGGUCACUGUUUCUUUACUGUCCGUAUUCAUCAGCUCUGUGGCUGUCAAACCCAUGAGCUUCAACAUCACACACCCAGGCCCAGGCAAUGUUACCUUGCACAUCAAUGCUAGCUACACAGGCUAUAGCGCCAAGACUCUCCGGGACAACCUUUACUCUGGAUAUUCAUUGGAUUACAGCACCAACUCUAUCAUGUCCUUUGCUACAGUUUUUGCAGUCAUGUUCACAAGUUGCACAGGAAUCAUGGCUGGUGCCAAUAUGUCUGGCGAGCUGAAGACUCCAAGUGUUUCCAUUCCCAGGGGCACCGUGGCAGCCGUCCUCUACACAUUCACAGUCUAUGUACUUCUCUUUAUGAUGGUCGCUGCCACGUGUGACAGGACUUUGUUGAUUCAAGAUUAUGGGUUCCUACAGAAGAUAAACCUCUGGCCACCUUUUGUGACUAUUGGCAUUUACUGUGCCUCUCUGUCAGCUGCUAUGUGUGCUAUGAUUGGAGCAUCACGUAUACUUCAUGCUCUUGCUGUGGAUCAUCUCUUUGGUUUACCUUUAGCCCCAGCUGCUGUGAAGUCCAGCUCUGGGAACCCAUGGGUGGCAGUACUGUACACCUGGGCUCUUGCUCAGGCUGUAGUAUUUGCAGGUCAGCUGAAUUCUAUAGCCAGUCUGGUGACAGUUUUCUACCUUCUGGCCUUUGCUGCAGUGGACUUGGCUUGUUUGGCUCUUGAGUGGGCAUCGGCACCAAACUUUAGACCCACAUUUCAGUACUUUUCAUGGCACACUUGUCUGCUGGGCAUCCUAAGCUGCCUUGUCAUGAUGUUUGUCAUAAACCCUGUGUACUCAUCGGGUAGCAUUGUUCUGCUGUUGCUCUUACUGCUUUUCCUGCACUACCGGUCCCCCACCAGCAGCUGGGGCUACAUCAGCCAGGCCCUCAUCUUCCACCAGGUUCGUAAGUACCUGCUGAUGCUGGAUGUGAGAAAAGACCAUGUGAAGUUUUGGAGGCCCCAAGUUCUGCUGAUGGUGGCCAACCCGCGCUCAUCAUGUCAGCUCAUCCUGUUUGUGAACCAGCUGAAGAAGGGAGGCCUGUAUGUCCUAGGCCAUGUGCAGCUGGGAGAUCUGGACUCGCUGCCAUCAGAUCCAGUGCAACAGCAGUACAACUUUUGGCUCAGUCUAGUGGAUAAACUGGGAGUCAAAGCUUUUGUGGACCUAACCCUGUCUCCAUCUGUGCGGCAAGGAACACAGCAUCUCCUGCGUAUCACAGGACUGGGGGGGAUGAAGCCCAACACCCUGAUCCUGGGAUUCUAUGACAGUUGUAUUCCUGAGGACUUCUUCCUGCAGGACUCGGCCUUCUGUAGUGCCUCUAUGGAGCAGGGCACUGAAGAGGAGUAUAAUUUCGGGGUGGACCUGCCAUCACUGCAAGCUCAUUUCCCCCCAGUGCGACAUGUAGAGAGCCCCCGCUGGCUUUCCCCUGAGGAGUAUGUGGGCAUUAUUUCAGACGCUUUAAAGAUGAACAAGAAUGUGUGUCUGGGACGAUACUUCUUCCAGUUGGAGGGUGAGGAAAAGGACAGUAAAGUGGAUGGAUCUAACCGCACUAUUGACGUGUGGCCUUUGAAUCUGCUGCAGCCCGCUAGCUGUGAUUAUGAGGACGUGUGCAGCCUGUUUCUGCUACAAAUGGCCUGUGUUUUAAACAUGUCCACUAGGUGGCGCCAUGCUCGCAUGAGGAUCUUCCUGAAUGUGGAGACCAAGUCGGGCAGUCAGGCCUGGGUGGUGAAUGAGGAGACUUUUCGGGAGCUACUGAAAAAACUAAGAAUUAGAGCCUCAAUAAAGAUAGUCCCUUGGGACUCAGUAGUGCAUCAUGCUCUGCCUCAGGGGGAGCAGGCCCAACCCCUGUCUGAGGACUUUCUGACUGCUGUCAACAGCCUGCUCAAAGAGCAUAGCUUACAGGCUGCAGUGCGCUUCCUAUACCUGCCCCGCCCCCCAACCCAACCUGGCCAGGCCCAGCAGUACAUCAGCCAGCUGGAGACUGUUACUAACCGCCUAGGACCAACACUGCUGAUCCACGGUGUUACCCCAGUCACAUACACGGACCUCUGAGAACUGUACUACAGAUACAUGCUAUCUGUACUCAAUAUAACUUCAAUGUAAUAGGUGCCAAAGAGGCACCUGUCAUGCUCCUACAAUGAUGUGGACUUUAACAUUCAACCACUUUAAACAAAUAGGAUAUGUCCUAAUACUUGAAGACUUCCAGACUAAGAACUAAGAUAUGUGUAUAUUGUAUAGCUAAUAUAUAAAUUAUAACAUUCAGGGCAGUGCCAAAGUCUUUUUAAGGUAAGAAGUAAGGUAGGCUACUCAUUCCUUUUAAACUGAUAUAACUGUUGUUAAAACAUUUAAAUUGUGUUUGAUUAAAAGGGAAACAUUUGACAAAGGUGCAUGCACUUAAAAAUAAAUAAAACAAUAAUUAUUAAUGUUUUAAUGGAA